AUGGGGCUUGAUUACUACAAGAUCCUGGGCGUCGACAAGGGCGCCACCGACGACGACCUCAAGAAGGCCUACCGCAAGCUCGCCAUGAAGUGGCACCCCGACAAGAACCCCAACAACAAGAAGGAGGCCGAGAGCAAGUUCAAGCAGAUCUCGGAGGCGUACGAGGUGCUGAGCGACCCGCAGAAGCGCGCGGUGUACGACCAGUACGGCGAGGAGGGGCUCAAGGGGCAAGUGCCGCCGCCGGCCGCCGGCGGGGCGGGCUCCGGCGGCGCGACCUUCUUCUCCACGGGCGGCGACGGGCCGACGGUGUUCCGGUUCAACCCGCGCAACGCGGAGGACAUCUUCGCCGAGGUCUUCGGCGGCUCCAGCCCCUUCGGCGGUAUGGGCGGCGGUGGCAUGGGCGGCAGCGGCAUGGGGGGUGGGAUGCCCGGCAUGCGGACCGGCGGGACGAGGUUCUCCUCGUCCAUCUUCGGGGACGAUAUAUUCGGCUCUGCGUUCGGCGGCGGCCCGGACGGGCACGGCAUGCACACCGGCGGGCGGCCCGUGAAGGCGCCGGCCAUCGAGCGGAAGUUGCCGUGCAGCCUGGAGGAGCUGUACAAGGGCACCACAAAAAAGAUGAAGAUUUCCAGGGAAAUUGCUGACGCCAGUGGGAAGACAAUCCCUGUGGAAGAGAUCCUAACGAUCGACGUGAAGCCCGGGUGGAAGAAGGGCACCAAGAUCACCUUCCCAGAGAAGGGCAACGAGACACCCAACACGAUCCCGGCGGACCUCGUCUUCAUCAUCGACGAGAAGCCGCACCCGGUGUUCACCCGCGACGGCAACGACCUGGUGGUGACCCAGAAGAUCCCUCUGGCGGAAGCCCUGACGGGGUACAAUGCACACGUGACGACGCUGGACGGGCGCAGCCUGACGGUGCCGAUCAGCUCCGUGAUCCACCCGGGGUACGAGGAGGUGGUGCGCGGGGAGGGCAUGCCCAUCCCCAAGGACCCGUCCAGGAAGGGCAACCUCCGGAUCAAGUUCGACAUCAAGUUCCCGGCGAGGCUCACGUCGGACCAGAAGGCCGGCGUCAAGAGGCUUCUCGGGCAGUAG